UCGGAAAACAAGUGGGAGAUAGGUAGAAAAGGAACUGAAAAAGAGAUAGAUUCCUUCCUUGAUUCUACCGAUAUUUAAAACUGAGAUUACAAUCUAAUUCAGAGGGUUUUCAAGUCCGUAAGAGUUUAUAAAAUGAGUCCCAAUGGUUUAGUUUUUUAUGUAGCACCAAACAGGCUGAGGGGAAAGCGAGAGGCAGAGCCAGAGUUAAAAGAGGCAGAGAGAGGAAAAUGGGAGCCUGGGCAAUCGCAGUGCAUGGUGGCGCUGGUGUGGACCCAAAUCUCCCUAAAGAAAGACAAGAGGAGGCCAAGAGGCUUCUCACUCGAUGCCUUGAUAUCGGCAUCUUUGCUCUCCGCUCUAACCUCCCCGCCAUUGACGUCGUUGAACUUGUCGUGAGAGAAUUGGAAACAGAUCCUCUAUUUAACUCUGGGCGUGGAUCUGCCCUUACGGAGAAUGGAACCGUGGAAAUGGAAGCCAGCAUUAUGGACGGGCCAAAGAGGAGAUGCGGGGCCGUUUCUGGCUUAACCACGGUUAAGAACCCUGUCUCCCUUGCCCGACUUGUGAUGGACAAAUCACCACAUUCGUAUCUGGCCUUUUCGGGUGCCGAAGAGUUUGCCAGGAAACAGGGCGUGGAGGUGGUGAACAACGAAUACUUUAUUACAGAAGAUAAUGUGGGGAUGCUUAAGUUGGCAAAAGAGGCAAACUCAAUCCUGUUUGAUUACCGUAUCCCAACGAUUGGCACCUGCGGUGCCGGCGCAGCUAUGGACAGUCCUUUGCAGAUGAACGGGCUCCCAAUCAGCGUCUACGCCCCAGAGACAGUUGGGUGCGUGGUGGUUGACAAGGAGGGUCGAUGCGCUGCAGCCACCUCAACUGGUGGGCUCAUGAACAAGAUGACAGGAAGGAUUGGUGACUCGCCCCUUAUAGGUGCGGGAACCUACGCAUCUGACUUGUGCGGGGUGUCAUGCACUGGGGAAGGAGAAGCAAUCAUCCGGAGCACCCUGGCGAGAGAAGUAGCUGCAGUGAUGGAAUACAAAGGGUUGAAUCUGCAUGAGGCAGUGGAUUAUGUGAUAAAGAAUAGGUUGGAUGAAGGCAAAGCUGGGCUGAUUGCUGUGUCAAAGAAUGGUGAGGUGGCGUGUGGGUUUAACACCACUGGGAUGUUUAGGGGUUGCGCCACUGAGGAUGGGUUCAUGGAGGUUGGUGUCUGGUAAAUGUUUUCGGGUUGCACUACAAUUUGGUUGUAGCAGCCCUAGAGGGCUUUACUUUCGGUGAUUUUACUCGUGCUUCACAAUAUCUCUUGUUUGGUCAUAAUUAAUUGAAGCACUCUGUAAUUGAAAUGCCCGAAUAAUAUAUUAGGAUCUUCAAUCUUGAGACUGUAAUUUGCUAGUAUCAAUGAGUCAUGACAAGUUGAUACUUUUUAGAUGUUCAUCUUGCUUUCAAAAAUGUAUCUAUGAUGUAUCUUAGAUGUUCUCUCUCUGCUGUGACUCCAAUGAAAACAGCCAUUAAGAAAUACCCACUGCCUUCAAUUGGCAGUGCCUUAUGUGAUUAUUCGAUAUAUUGAAACUUAUUUAUCAACAUCAAAUGGCAUGCAGAAUUUAUGGCCCAAGUGGAAAUACGUUGUCACUUAUUUGUUGCUGCUGUGACCACGGCCUGAAAUGGCAAUCCUCGGCAGACUGAAAGCCUUUCGCUACUGCAUCAGCUGCACCAGCCAGAAGGCCUAGAACACCACCUGGGUUUCCAGAAUUGCGCCCAUCAGGAGUCAAGUGAGCCACUCCCACGUUCUUCAUCCUGGGUUCUUUGUUUUCCCCUUGUGGUGAUUGUAUAUCUACAGAAUCCACUUUGGUUUCUAUUGCUCCUUGUUCAUUUAUCCUUUCAGUUCCCUGCUAAAAUAUUAUGUUGAGAGCCUUAGUAUUAACCAAUAGAAGGUAAGAUUUAAAGGAAACAAAGAAGAGAAUUUAAUGUUACGGAUUUAAGGAAGAAUUAUAAAUUUUACAUUGAACAUAAUAAAUGGAUCAUUAGAGUAUAAAAAGGUUUACAUAAUCUUUUUAUUGCGAAGUAUCUUUUGUAGAAUAAAAUCGUGAGGUA